UUCACACACUCAGUCAGUCACUCUCUCUCACACACACAGUCCGCAGCUCCGGAGCGUCUCUACUCUGUGGUUCUCUGUCAAACAGCCUCUUCAGGACCGGACUGUUCUUUUUCCUUCCACUCUGGGAUUGUCUGGGAUCCACCCUCGGUUGUUUUUUUCCUUUUUUUUCCCCCACCAGAGAUUCGGACAUGUUGCUCCUGUUUCUGCCUGCGCUGCUGGCUCUGCUCAGAGUUCACGUUCUCGCCUGCAAUGAAAACUGUCCAGAUCCGCCUGUUUUCACUCCGUCCACACUGGUAGUGAAGUACACUGACUCCAUUUCUAUCAAAUGUGUUGCAACUGAGGAUGCCAGCCUCCACAAUGGGCUGGAAGUAGCAGUAGGAGACACAGAGCGAGACACAAACAGCUCAGCCACGUGGACCUGGUGGGUUCCCAGCAUGUUGGAAUGGGACACGUCUGCCGUGUGCUUUUAUGAAGCCAAGCCCGGACUGCAGUGCUGCACCAUCCUUCCUUUAACCGUCUAUCAGCCUCCGGAACAGGUGUCCAUCAGCAUCGUGAACCACACCGGGCCGAUGUUUGAACACGAGGAGUACACGCUGCAGUGUACCGUACGUGAAGUGGCUCCUGUGCAGAACCUCACUGUGACCUUCUACAGAGGAAGGACAGUGUUGGGUAAAGUCAGGUCCAAAGCAACGUCGAGGACACCGGUGACCGAGAUGUUCGCUCUGAGCAUCAACACCACCAAAGAAGACGACGGCACCAAGCUGUGGUGUCAAGCGGAGUUAGAACUGGGACCUGCCGGACCGCAGGACCCUGUGAUCAUGCCAUCAGAAGAAGUUCUUUCCACAGUUUACUAUGGACCUUACCUGGAGGGCACGGCCAGUCCGCAACCCAUCACACUCAUAAAGGGAAGCCCUCUGCACCUGAACUGCUCGGCGGUGGGAAACCCGCAGCCCUCGUACUCCUGGACGCUGCCGUCGGGUCACUCUGCCAGCCACAACGGCAACGUUCUCACCGUCUCAGCUGUAGGUUAUGAGCAUGCAGGAAAGUACGUCUGCAACGUGACGGGCAACUCAAAGGCGGCCACUGUGGAGUUCAGCGUGGACGUCCAAGCGGACAUCACUCCAUACAUUAUAAUCGGGGUCGUAGUAGGUGUGCUUCUGCUUUGCGCUGGAGCUAUAUUCACAUUCAGCCGCUACUACAAACACACGCGCAUGGGACAAUACAACCUGAAGGACGUUUUCCGGCUCCACGCCAAGCACAUCGCUGUGCCCAGUGACGCGUAAGGGAGUGUACAAGAAGAGCAGAAGGAGUGAGAUGUGGAUGGACAGUCACCGCUGUGUAGAUUUAGAUUGCAACUUUCACGCUGCAGCUUCUCCAACAUGAGCGUUUCUCCUCCCUAUUUCUCACCAUCGGUCUCUUGAUAGGCGUGGCGUAAAAACCAAAUCUGGCCACACGGGGAGAGUUUUAACGUCGAAAUUGCUCCGUGGGGAAAAGGGAAUCAACAGAAAGGUUUGUAACCACAUUGCAGCUCCAGCACAACACAAAGAAGUGUGUGUCGUUUGUCAAUAAUUAAUUAAAUCAACACACUCACACAGUUCAGCAGCACAUGAAGCAGAAGCAGUCAUUUUUGCAUACAAGCUGAAUCAUUCAAUGAGGAAGAAGCAUCAGUCACGUCUUCCACCACUUUGAGUCUGGUACACAGAAAUGACCCGUCCUGUUCAAUAAGCUGGACAAAAUGUCCACAACAACACUGCUGUUCCACAUAUGAGUGUGUUACACAGGGUGCACACAGUAAAUAUGAAGAUUUGACAGCAUUUCAAGCGAAAUAAUGUCUAUGAUUUUUUAAAAUUCUCUUUCUGUGUUAUAUGGCUUUGUAUAUGGCUCUGCUGACAUGUGUCUGUCUGUCUUUACGGACCUGAAUGAUGUGACUUUCUGAACUUUACAACUGCUUGUGAAACCACCUAGAAUUUGAGAGAGGUUUUUUCCCCCAAACUGAAGUCAGAGUCCCAGCAACUGUCACCUCCUACAAGUGUGUUUGUGCUCGCGGUUACUUAGUAACGUGCUUGAUGAGAAGUUACAAAGAUCUGUACACUGGGAAGUCAUGAGGAAACUCUUUUUUUGUCGUCUUUUUAUGUGAAUGUGAAUAAAUUAUU